AUGUGCAAAUCGGAGUACGCUAAGCAGCGGCGGGCGACAGCCGAUCAGGAGCUCUCAUCCACGGGGAAUGGUUCGGGAGGAUCGAACCGUGCCUCCACGUCCACGGUUGACCCUCCUCCCGCCGCACGUCGCUCUCGGCAGAGAGAUAUCCGUGACAUGACGGAUACCAAUGCGCAGAAUCGGCUAGAUUACCUGUGGGCUGCUGCAGUUGCCGAGAACGACCUCGCCUUCAACGUCAGCAAGUCGAAGUCAAUCCAAGCCUUCGUUGACGCGGCGGUCGUGUACGGGAAGGCGUACACCCUCCCUACCCCCUACAAGGUAUCCGGCCCGCUGCUCGACAAGCUGAAGGCGGACACGGAGGAUCUUGUGCGGCCGAUGAAGGAGAGCUGGAAGACAAGCGGGUGCACGCUCUCCGUGGAUGGGUGGACAUGCAUCAAAUCCCGCGGGAUGGUGUGUGUCAUCGCCCAAAAUGACACUGCUCCCGUCAUUGUCGACAUCGUUGACUCGAAGACCGCCAAAAAAACCGGGGUCUACUUGGCGGGUCUUAUUGAGGGAGCGGUGAAGGAGGUGGGGCCUAAGCAUGUCGUCCAAGUCGUGAUGGACAACGCCUCUAACCACAAAACCGCCGCCAACAACCUUCGCUCGGAGUAUCCCCAUGUUGUCUUCACCAACUGCGCCGCCCACUGCCUAGAUCUCAUGUUGCACGACCUCGGCAACAUCCCUGCUGUUAAACGCGUGCUUGGCCAAGUGCACCGCGUGGUGAUGAUGGUCAAAGGCAGCGCCUCUGCCGUCAUCUUGUUCCAUGAGCUUUUUAGCAAGCUCUCCUUGGUGAGGCCGGGUGCAACGAGAUUCGGCACCCAGGUCAUCAUGCUGGGCAGGUUCCAGGAGGCGAAGAGGGCGUUGAGGGUGAUGGUAAUCAGUGAAGAAUGGGAGGAGGUGGCGGUGGCACGGACGGAGGAGGGGAUGGAGGUUAGGAAGCUCCUUUUGGACGAUGUUUUUUGGGACUGUGGGACGGCGGUGCUCCGCCUCAUGACUCCGAUCUACGAGUACAUGGAGGAGGUAAAAGACGACCCAGAGAUUAGGAAAGGGGCGGAUGAGGUAAUUCAAGCCCGGGGAGGGGAUGUCUCACAGCGCAUAACGCUUGCUGCACAGCUGGCUCAGUAUCACAGAGGGGAGGGCCGGCUGGGCUCUGAUGAUGCCCGUUGGGCAGCAAGGACCUUGGUGGAGGGGGGGCGCAUGACGGAUGCGGAGUGGUGGUGCCUGUUUGGUGGGGAAGUGCAAGCGCUCCAAGAGCAGGCUGUGAUGGUGCUGUCACAGCCAGUCACCUCCUCUGAGGUGGAGCGGUACUGGUCAGCCCUUCAGCGUGUGCAGAGGCGGGACCGGAACCGCCUCACAGCGAAGAAAAUGACUGACGUGACCAUUGUGGCCUUCACCAGGAGGGCCCGCGAUGCUUUUGAUCAAAAGGCAGCCGUGCGGGCACGGCUCUAUGCGGACCUGGGCAACGGCACGCUCAAGGAAGGGUGUGCCAUCAUCCCGGCCGAGUCGGAGGACAAGGAAAGGGAGGCUGAAGAGGAGGAAGAACCCAUGGAGGAAGAAUGCACCAUUGAUUGGUCGGAGUUUGGGAACAUCGGCAGGAAGAGGAAGGGGAAGGCGGGUGAGUCAUCAAAAGGGAAGAAGGGGAAGGGCAUUGGUUCAUGCAAGGGAAAGGGGAAAGGAAGAGCACGGGAUGAGGAGGAGGAAAAGGAGGCGGCAGACAGCAGUGGGGAGGAGGAAGAACCUGCCAGGAAGAAUCCCAAGGGACGAGAUGCCUGGGAUUGCAGCGACGGUUCAAGUGGGGAGGAGGAAGAGGACGAGGAGGAGGAGGACGAAGAAGAGGAGGAUGAGUAA